UAUGAUUUGAUUUGACUGAUUGUACUCCGUAGUCAAUGUUUUUCCUCGUUACACAUUAGAAUCCAAUUGAUUGCCUUUGGAUUUCAUCCGGUUCUUCACUCCGAAACUCGAAUCGAUCGCAUACUUUGUUAAUUUCUUAAAUCCCAAAGAACAACAAGAAAACCCAAUUAUUAGGGUCUCAAAAAAAUUCAAGGGAUUUUUCCUUAUACUGCGAAAUUCAUGCGAUUUCAGUAGAUGAAUCAGGAAUCACAAAUGAGUGAGGAAUCCAAGAAGCAGAAGAAGGGCACCAUUAGCGAAGAAGAUGUAUCCAUCAUCUUACAAAGGUACACAGCUACAACAGUCCUAGCUUUGCUUCAGGAAGUGGCUCAACUCGAAGAAUCAAAAAUAGACUGGAAUGCAAUGGUGAAACGAACCAUGACUGGUAUCACAAAUCCAAGGGAAUACCAAAUGCUUUGGCGUCAUUUAGCUUAUCGUGAUGCAAUGCUUGAAAACCUUGAAGACGAAGCUAAACCUCUGGAUGAUGAAAGCGAUUUAGAAUACGAGCUUGAAGUUUCUCCACCUGUCAACAACGAAGCUUCAAUGGAGGCUGCAGCAUGCGUGAAGGUACUCAUAGCUUCAGGCUCUACAUGUGAUUCUGGAUUGGAAAAAGGGUUGACCAUUGAGGCUCCAUUGACUAUAAACAUACCUAGUGGAAAGUCAACAGGAGAUCUUUCUGAAAAUUCACAAGUAGGUAGUAAUAUGAGGGGGACAAACAUCACAGUUCCAGUUUCUGUUCAAAAACAACCAGUUGCAGUAGUUGGAUCUACAGAAGGAGUUGAAACAAAUUGUUCAGGAAGUGGGAAUUUGCCACCUAGGAGGAAAAGAAAGCCAUGGUCUGCAGCUGAAGAUAUGGAACUUUUUGCUGCAGUUCAGAAAUGUGGUGAAGGAAAUUGGGCAAAUAUCUUAAAAGGAGAUUUUAAGGGUGAUAGAACUGCUUCUCAGCUUUCUCAGAGAUGGAAUAUUAUAAAAAAGCGUAAAGAAAACUCAAAUGUGAAGACAGGAUCACAGCUUUCUGAGGUACAUUUAGCAGCUAGAAGGGCACUUAACAUGGCUCUUGAUCAGCCUGGAGUUGAUAGUUUAAAGUCAUCUUCUUCACUUGGUAGGACAAAAUCAAGCAUCACCACAAAUACUUCCAUCCGCCCUAUCAAUAUCAUACCCCCUGACACUCCAUCCACUAGCACCCGUGAAGACUCUUCAACAAAAACAUUCCCUAAAAUCUCCCCGAAAACACCACCAAAGUCUCUCCUCAACGGCCCCGAUCCGGUGAAAGCCGCCGCGGUUGCCGCCGGGGCCCGCAUCGCCACCCAAUCAGCAGCCGCCGCUAUCUUAAAGCAACAGUUAAAGGGCGCCAUCCACAUUAAAACAAAUGCUACCAACUUCCGGGACCUACAUUCACCAAACACCUCACGCCCGCUUGAUCAUACCUCGAAUCUUGGACCCGUGGGCCCGGUGAAUCCGGCCCGGGAAACAAAUGGUGUUACGGUUUCCACCUUGGCGAAUUUGCCUAAAACGGGACAAGGUGAAAAUGGCAAUCUUGUGAAAGUGGAGGGGUUGGUUUUGAAAAAUGAUUCGAAUAAAAAUGUUGAAGAUACUUCGGAGAAAAAGGAAGUUAAAGAAAAUGAAGAUGUGCGUGAGUCUAUUAUUGGUGGUGAUAGUGAACCUAUGGUCACGGAAACAUGCAAUAAGAAUGAAAGCACGAAGCAAGAGAAUUAGGCCAUGACAUUAUGUGUGUACUGUGUUUGACAUGCAUUGGACUGUGACAAAGAUUGAGACUGAGACUGAUGGCCAACCCAAAAAGGUGGGACAGGGAUAAUGGAUUCACGCUUGAUCUCUCAUCUGUGCAAAAGACGUGAAUACUGUUGUCGUUCUCAUCAUCAAAACUAGUUUUCAAAAAGCUUGUCCAGUCGAGUCCAAUCGAACACGUGUUCAUGAAAACUUGUAACUUCUUUGUUGUUAGAUAUUUGAUGUAUUAGGUUUGGUAGAAAUUGUGAAUGGUGUUGUAUUUAGUUUUAUUAGGAAUUGUGAAGGCGUUGUAUUCGGUGGCUUUACUCGUGAGUUUAUGAAAAUGAUGAUACCCGGAUUUUUUAUUGUCA